ACGAUCACUCUCACAUUCUUGAUUUUAGCCCAAACUCAGAGAUGGACGUGAGCUGCUACCAAAGAAGACCAAAAGAACCAAAGCUUCUGUUUCCCAUGAUCAUUGAGAUUCUGAGCUGGCUACCGGUGGAGUCAUUGCUCAGAUUCAAAUCUGUCAACAAAAACUGGUCUUCGUCGAUGGAAGAAUACAGCUUCAUUUCAAAGCAUAUGAAUCGGACAAGACCUGUACGACUAAAAUAUCGAUUGACAAAGCAACCUGGCUACAUAGCCCUUGGUUCCGAGGAAAAUUACGAGUGCAUGUUCAUUGUUGCUGGCUUGGUUCUAGAGAAGCAUUCUUCCAGCCAAGUUUGCCGCAUCAGAAAUCCAGCCACCCACCAAGUGCUUUACUUGCCUGAUGCCCAUGUUGGUGUCAACCUAAUGGUAUCCACUUUUAAUUCAUCGAUUGGUGAGGUCAAAUUGGUAGCUUCCUACCGUGAAAACAAUGAGGUAGGGUUUGAAGUUUUGACAGUUGGCAAAGAUGAGAAUUGGAGACCUUUGAAAUACCCUAAUCAGGGUUUGUCAAAUAAACAGGCCAAAAGAAGACAGUUUCUUCUAGCUGAUAAGGCUGAUGCUAGGGUUUGCUAUUGUGCUGAAACCCUAACUGAUGGACAAGACAUGUACUUAGAAGUUCACUGUCUUGAUCUCUGGAGUGAGACAUUCAUGACAGCCACUCUGCCCGGGGGAGUUUUUUCUGAUUUGAGCAAAGCUCGGAUUAUCAGUUGGAACCAAAGUAUAGCUGUGGUUGAUAUAAUUGAUGAAGCUCUUCAUGCCUUGGUGUUAGAAGACUUCAAGGAGCAAAAAUGGAGCCGAUACAAGAACAUUGUUCCAGUGAAGUUUUUGAAGAAAACCCGAUUUCCGGAAGGUGGAUCUAUUGUUCCUUCCAGUGUUGAUUCUGAUGAGCUCAGGUUUGUUUAUAAUAAUGGGGAGAUAGUUCUUGUGUACGAUAUGAAAAUGCACAAAGUUAAGAGUUUCAUACGUCGAAGGUUUGAUGGGGAAGGUUGGGGAAAUCAUAGGCCAAGCUUGAUGAGUUUCGAGGGAAUGAGGCCAGAAGAGGAGGGUGCAAGUACAAGUACAACCCAGGAAUGAAGAUAUUAUA